UUUUACUGCAAAGUGAAAAUGUUUUUAAUGUCAGUCAGAUUUGUGGUAAAGAUGAGUUUAAUUGCUUGUCUUCUACAUUUUGUUAUGGGCAAUCAAACUUUGGUUAAUAAUACAACUGCCACCCAUUCCCAUAAUGCUACAGGCAAUCCGAUGACAGAGAUAAAAACCAAAAAUGUAAUCAUUUUAGUGGUAAUUCUCCUGCUAUUCGUUGUUUCAAUGGUUGGAGCCUAUUAUGUGACUUCUUCCGACUUCAGUUUUACAAAAAGUGAGCGCACAAAGAAGUGUGCAAGAAACACCCCACGCUCUGCCAAGAAACAGAAAAAAUGUUGCCAAUAUGUUCCAAUGGUUCAACCAGAUGACGCAGACUGCGCCCAGUACGAAGCUGACCCUCUUCUUUCUUAAAAAAAAAUGAGUAUGGUAGACCCAAAACUUCUGAAAUGUAGUUGAUAUAGAGUUAGUUAGUUAGUGUAGUUACCCAUUUAUUCGUAGCAAUGUUGUAGUUAUGUAACUUAAGACUUGUUUUUUGGACGUAAUACAAUUUUUGUUGUGUGCAAUCUUA